UGCUCUGUAUAGUCUAUGCAGCUUAUAUUUCUUCACGGCUUAGGCGACACUGGGCAUGGAUGGGCAAGUGCAAUUGCCGGCAUACGGCCUCAGAGUGUCAAGGUGAUUUGCCCGACAGCACCUACGAUGCCCGUCACUCUAAAUGCCGGUUUUCGCAUGCCCAGCUGGUUCGACUUGAAAGCUCUCGACGUUGGGAGCGCCGAAGACGACGAAGGUAUUUUACAAGCGUCGCAAAACAUUCAUUCCAUGAUAGAAUCGGAAGUAAAAAGUGGAAUACCACCGAACAGAAUCGUACUAGGCGGUUUCUCGCAGGGAGGUGCGUUAGCUUUAUACUCGGCCUUAACCUACCCUGAAAAACUGGCGGGCGUCGUCGCUCUAUCCUGCUGGUUGCCCUUACGCAAAAACUUUCCGGCCGCCCAAAAGUGUCCCAACGAUUUACCUGUGCUUCAAUGCCACGGCGACUGUGAUCCAGUAGUUCCCUACAAGUGGGGCCAAAUGACAGCUUCGUUAUUAAAGAAUCUCGUGAAGGGCCCCGAAUUUAAAUCGUAUCGUGGCUUAAUGCAUACUUCGUCGGACGACGAGUUACAGGAUGUUAAAGAGUUUAUUCAUCGAAAUAUAGCUAGUCAAUAGGUGUAACAUCGAUUUAUUUUUGGAAUUAUAAAGCUGUAAUUGGGCCAACCUGAGAUAAGGAUGUCAUUACAACUUACAAGUUUUGAAAUCCACUUCGAGUAGCUGUCGAUAUACAGUAUAGUGCAUUGGCGCCGGAAAGGGGCGAAAUAACCACCAAGACAGAUUUCAUCCACUUGCUUGUGUAAAAAGCUACAAACGAUACACGCACCAGAAAGGCUGUGGGACAUAAAGAACAACCAUCUACAAAUUUGGAAUUUUUGUUAAUUAUGAAAUCAAUUAAUGAGAUUGAGAUCGAAGUGAUUUUCCCUCAGAGCAAGAAUACUCAGGAUGUUCCUAACAGGAAAAUUAUAUAUAUAUGUCACCCUUAUGUACAGGAUGAGUAAAUUUUCGCAGAACGGUCUA